GGGAGAACAUCAACUGUGGAUGUUUCCAGGAUGCAAUAUUCCGAGUAGUGGCUGCAAUACUCCACUUAGGGAAUAUCGAAUUUUCAAAGGGGACAGAAUCAGAUUCCUCUGAACCCAAGGAUGAGAAAUCACGGUUCAAUCUCAAAAUAGCAGCUGAGAUUUUCAUGUGCAAUGAGAACUCUCUUGAGGACUCUUUAUGCAAACGUGUGAUUGUGACCCGUGAUGGGACCAUAACAAAGUGUUUGGAUCCAAAUUCUGCAGCUCUCAGUAGAGAUGCUCUGGCUAAAAUUGUUUAUUCAAGAUUAUUUGAUUGGCUUGUGAACAAGAUCAAUAACUCUAUUGGUCAAGAUCCUGAUUCGAAGAACUUGAUUGGGGUUCUAGAUAUUUAUGGAUUUGAGAGUUUCAAGACAAACAGUUUUGAGCAAUUCUGUAUCAAUUUGACAAAUGAAAAACUACAACAUUUUAAUCAGCAUGUUUUCAAGAUGGAGCAAGAAGAAUAUACGAAAGAAGAAAUUGACUGGAGUUAUAUACAGUUUAUUGACAAUCAAGAUGUUCUUGAUCUCAUUGAAAAGAAACCUGGAGGAAUCAUUACUCUUCUGGAUGAGGCGUGUAUGUUUCCAAGAUCAACAAAUGAGACUUUUGCGCAGAAGCUGUAUCAAACCUAUAAAGACCACAAACGAUUUAGCAAGCCGAAAUUAGCACGCAGUGACUUCACAAUUUGUCAUUAUUCUGGAGAAGUUACAUAUCAAACGGAGCUCUUCUUGGAUAAGAACAAAGAUUAUGUUGUUGCUGAACAUCAAGAACUUUUGGAUGCUUCCCAUUGUUCUUUUGUUUCAGGCUUGUUCCCUCCUUUACCAGAAGAAUCUUCCAAAUCAUCAAAAUUCUCUUCAAUAGGUUCUCGCUUUAAGCAACAACUACAAUCUUUGCUUGAAACGUUGAGUGUCACUGAGCCACACUACAUAAGAUCUUAUUCCAGGGAGUUAUGGAGGCCAUCAGGAUUAGUUGUGCUGGAUAUCCUACAAGAAAGCCAUUCCGUGAAUUUGUAGGUUGUUUUGGCAUCUUGGCACCUAAUGUCUUUGCUGGGAGCUGCGAUGAAGUAACUGCUUGUAAGCGCCUUCUAGAGAAGGUGAAUCUCAAGGGUUAUCAGAUUGGUAAAACCAAAGUGUUUCUCAGAGCUGGCCAGAUGGCAGAAUUGGAUGCUUGUCGAAGUGAGGUCUUAGGAAGACCAGCAGGUGUCAUACAGAGGAAAGUUCGAUCUUAUCUUGCUCAGAAAAGCUUUAUCUUGUUACGGGUUUCUUCCAUUCAAAUUCAAGCCUUUUGUAGAGGUAAACAAUAGUUUCCACUUGUUCUUGUUCAUGAAAGUCACUUUCCAGGCCAUGAGACUAUUGAACAUAGACUAUUAUCCAUUGAUACAAAAUUUUAUAUGACUAAUGUUUUGUUUCUGCUUUUAUAUUUCCAGUUGUUAUCUUCCUAGAGAUUAAUUGAUAUUUAUGGUACUUGUAUCAUGUUUGAUUGAUAUGAUUUGAUUGAGUUUGAUACUUUUACCAUGUGUUUUGGCUAUGUAAUUUAGAAAACAUAUUAAAAAGAUUAAUUCAACUACCAAAUUUAUCCACUUAGCAUGCGAUAAUUUUGAUAUUCCACUGCUCUGAAAAUAUUUGAAAAAUGUUAUACUCCAAAUCCAAAACUAAUACUAAUCCAAAAGAAAAAAAAAGAACAGAAUAAGUAAAGAAUAAAUGAAGUACCUAACGUAUAAUAACAAGAGUGGGCAGUAACCAAACAAAUUAAGAACUAAAACAAUUGCAAAAAUGGAGCACCUGAUUUUUUUUUUAGGUACCAUUUGAUCUAUAUAAUAUACAUGGACAUAUACAUGUAACAUCAGCCAUACAUUAUAUAUCAAUGAAAAAUUGAAAAUAAAUCUCUUGUUUCAUAUCAGGCAAUGAGUCUAUAUUCCUCAGUAUUACUAUCUAUUAUUGAUAUCUGAUUUCCAUGUCUAGGAGAGGAUAUUUUGUAUGCAUCUGUUUGGCAAUCUUGAUAUUAUUAUUUGAUGACGAGGGUGAAAAUAACUUAAUGGCUUGUUGCUAAAUUCUUAUUUUCUUUCCCAAUUUCCAUGAGCCUAGUUCAUAGCUUCUACCAGUUUUUCUUCUGGGUUUAUUCUGGCUAUAUAGUGGUUGUAGUUAAGGUGUUUGGUCAAAGGCAGAUCUCUUUAAUGCUUUAAAUUUUGUUAUCUAUGUUUCUGUAAAUCCGCUUGUAUUCGGACCAAUUGCAGCGGCGCAGGAAAGGACUCCUCCAACAGUGAUGGUGCAGCUGCAUUAGUCCUAGUGAGUGGAGAGAAGGCACUUCAACUUGGAUUGCAAGUAAUUGCAAAGAUUAAGGGCUAUGCUAAUGCAGCUAAGGCACCUGAAUUCUUUACAACUGCUCCAGCCCUUGUGAUACCAAAAGCUAUUUCAAAUGAUGGUUUAGAUGCUUCUCAGAUUGAUUACUAUGAAAUAAAUGAAGCGUUUUCUGUUGUAGCUCUAGCCAAUUAAAAGCUGCUUGGUCUUAAUCAUGUUGUAGCUCUAGCCAAUUAAAAGCUGCUUGGUCUUAAUCCUACAUUCAUCUGUCCACAAUGCAUUUCAGCUUUGCUCACGGGAAUGUGCUGAUGCGGUCAUGCUUUCUGGAGAAACUGCCCACGGAAACUUUAUUGCAGAAAUUGGGCUAAACCUUAUAUUAAAGAUGCUAAAGAAGUUUCCAGGUAUAUUGAGAUGAUUUCUUUGGAGCAAUUCUUA